GAGGACCACCCCGCCCAGAGCGACACUAGCACCAGUGGCAUAUGGUCUUUCUAUAGUGUGUUUGACGGCCACGGGGGAGGGGAAGCGUCCAAGUUUUGCCGCGCAAAAAUGGCGCAACGAACAGCUGUGCGCGUGGCACAUGCAGUGGAGAACUGCGACGACGGUCACGUCGAGGUGUCGCUUAUAAAAGAAGAAUUGGGGUACGUGUUUGAUGAUGUGGAGUCAGAGUUUGUGCAAUGGGCGGAGAGUGAGGAAGAUACCAGCGGCGCCUGUGCCCUGGCCGUUCUACUCAAUGACCAGGAUAUGUUUGUAGCGAAUGCAGGCGACUGUGGAGGUGUUUUGUUUACCAUCAAGGCCGACAAAACGGUCAAAACACGGUCCAUCAACCAUCGCCACAAGUGCUCCAACCCCAGUGAAGAAAGGCGCAUUCUCAAAGCAGGCGGUAGUGUUAUCAUGGGUAGAGUUAACGGUGUGCUGGAGCCUACUCGAGCGAUCGGUGAUAUCGAUAUGAAGGGCCAGGAACGAGAGAGCGGUGUGAUUGCUACUGCAGAAUUACAUCACAUUGGCCUAGACGCGGCACUACCCUGGAUACUGGUAAUGGGUACAGACGGGCUCUUUGACUUCGUUACUAUAAAAGAAAUUCAGGCGAUGAUCAGGGAACCUUUGCGCACGCCGAGAGAUGUACAAGCACUCGCCACCCAGCUGUAUGAGAGUGUCAUAGAUGCUGAUGGGGACGAUGAUUGUACGAUAAUCGUGGUGGCCUCCAAUCCGACAACGUGAGCACGCACAGCUAUAGAUAAAAGUGAUAGUAAAUUAGGGCAUAGAUUGCGGUACACGAGAACGGUGGACAACCAUCACCGACAGCAGCCUUUAGAAGCUUAUGACUAGUGAAUGAAAACUCAUCAGUAGCCGAUAUGAAAUAGUGUGCGUUUCUAUUGCACUGCACGGCUAAUACCAAAUGAUGUGCACUGC